UUUCCAGUUAUUUUUAACUAGUUAAAAUGAAAACCCAGCCAUCUCUUGUCUGCUUUAAGCCAGGGUUCCAGAAACUGUAAAAGUUAGUGUUGUGAUAGAACCAAACUAAAAACAUGGGACUAUAUAAUUUGAUCUAAAAACGUGACACUUGUCAAAGCAGUUAUUUUUACACAUAUGUAAAUUAUAGUAUUCUUGGGGAUCCACUGCAGCUUCUCAGUGACCUAUAGGGCGUCCUCGGACCCGAUUUUGGGAACCACUGUUCUGUGAUCUGGACUCCUCGGGAAACUUCUGUGAGGAGCGAGAGAAGGAAGUCGCAGCCCAUGUUAGGAAAUGUUCUCCCUGAGGCUCUGCUGCUGCAACCGGUGGACUCACUACUGUCAGCUGGACGCCUCAGAGUGUUGAUCGCACACCGGAUUUACUCUCGGAAACGGACCAUAAUAAUAAUAACACCACCAUCAUGGCUCAGGCAAAAAUCCAGGCGAAAAUGAACGACCCCCCCUGCAGCAAGUUCAGCAGGACGCUGUCCAUGGCUGAUCGCUCCGUGCGACUCCUGGAAAGUUUGGAUCAGCUUGAAAUGAGGGUGGAGGCUUUACGCGAAGCAGCAUCGGCCAUGGAGCAGGAAAAGGAGUGCAUCCUGGAAAUGAUUCAGUCCAUUCAGAACAGUCAAGAAAUGCGUAACAUCUGUGCUGGGGAGAAAGAGGAGUUAAAUUUAACUGCAAACCGUCUAAUGGGCCGGACGCUGUCUGUGGAGAUCUCUGUUGGCACGAUCAGAAACUCCCAGCAGGAGGAUGCGUUGCGCAAGGCCACAUCUAUAAUAGAUGAAAUAGUGAAAAAGUUACUGGAUGACAUGGACGGUAGCCGACAGCAGCUGCUGUCCCUGCACGCGGCCUGUGUGACUGAGGCAGCGGCCGUCCCCAUCAACCAAAAGUUUCAGGCCAUAGUGAUCAGCUGUGCUCUGGAGGACCAGAAGAAGAUCAAGCGAAGGCUGGAGACUUUGUUGAGGAACGUUGAAAAUGCUGAGAAGAACAUCAAGAUCAUGGAUCACCAAAAACUAGCCAAUGGGAGUCAAUAAGACCUGUCACCAAAACAUAAAAUGUGUCUUACAUGCCACUAACCUCACGAGAACUGUUGUAAUCCUGUACUAACUAUUUACAAAAUCUAUGGAGUCCCUAUGGGGCAAAUUACAGUGAUACUGAACCUUAGGGCCAAAAAUACAGUAAAGCACAACCCACCAGUGAACAGGCAUCAUUAUUCUCCCUGAGGGAAUAUUAGUGAUUUCUGUGCACUAUUGAGUUUUACUUUCAAAUUAUCAUCAUUUCCAUUGACCUACUUAAUAUGGAUUGUUUCCAUUGUGUAAACCCACUGCACAGCGUCUUCACAUAUGCACUUCAAACAGAAAAAAAAUACAGUAGCACAGUGCUUCACUGGAGGUUUGCUCAGUUUAUUGGAAAAUUGCGCAGAUUAUCAACCUAUAAUUAAGUGACUAUAAUGUGUCAGUAAAUAGUCUACCAGGGUGAUACAGCAAGUUGAUGGAGCAGUUAAGGUCAGAAAGUUGUUCAGUGAAUCCAGUGUUAAACUAUCUUUUUCUGUUUCACCUUUUAAAAUCAGACACUUGGUUAUUAAGGAUUUUGGAUGUGCACACACUACCUCUUUGUGUGAAGGCAACACAAAUCACAUUAUGCUGUGGAUUUUAGUUCAUAUUUGCACAAAGCUGUUUUUAAAAUUCAACUGUGUGUCAAAAAAGUAAAUAAAGAAUACUAAUAAAUGAA